AUGGGUGAUGUCGAACUGCCAGCGAUGCUGAGCAUCCCGCGACGCCGACCUCAACGCGACGCCGAGCACUCCUCAAGGUCGACCAUCCCACGAUGUCGACCACUUCACAAUGCCGAGCACCCUCCGAUGCCGACCUCAACGCGACGCCGAGCACGCCUCAAUGCUGACCACUCCUCAAUGCUGACCAUGUCGACCAUGUCGAGCCGCCAAUGUGCCGACCCCCCGAGUGCCGACCACCCCGAUUACCAACCACGCCGAGGCGAUGAGGUGUCUACGCCGAGCUAUACGCGAGAUGCCGACCACGUCGAGCUGGUCACAAUGCCGAGCACAUGGAGACGCGGAGCUGAGCCGCCCGCGCCGACCUGGCGAGCCAAGAUGCGCGCAUGGAGGUGCCGAACCGAGCCCAUUCUACAUUAUGUAACCACCGAUCCACCAUCACCUCAGGCUACCCACCUUGAGGACACCAACAAGGGCACCCCUCGGCAGCGCUACCGUCAGCCGCCGACCAGGAACUUCUCGAAGAAACGCAAGGUCGCCUUUCGGGAUGACGAGCAGCGCACCCUUACCAUACUGAGGCAAUUUGCAGGCAACAAAGACACGGAGGCGUCAGGCUCCUACUUUCUCUCCACCUUCCCCGAUGGUGAGACAGUCCAGUGGCCGACCAAAGAGCUCCGAGCUAGUGAGACCAUGUACCACCUUAGUCAGGCCAUGGCCAGUGUAGCUCUCAUCCUUAACGAGGCUAUGGAGGGCGACUCCGACGAGGUGGAGAAACUGAAAGGCAAGGUUAAUUAG